UGGCCCCAAGCGGCGGCGAGGCGCGGGCUCGGGGUCCGCAGCGGCGUUGGCGUGGGUGGACCCUCCCCGCAUGGCGGCUCCGCCCGGGGCAGGUGGCGCCCCCUGCGACGGGCCGUGACGGGCGGCGGGGGAGGGGCGGGCGCGGAGGCCUCGAGGUUCCCGCCGAGGUGCGUUGAUCGGGGAGUGGGAGUGGGGCCUCGCCGCGGCGGCCGGCGCAGGGAAGCCCCGCAGCUCGGCCCUGGCUGGGAGGCCGUGCCAGCGGGUUGGGGGCCCGGAAGAGCCCGCUGGGCGCUGCGCUGUGCCCGCCUGAGGUGGGGAUCUGGGGCAGGGGCUGUCGGGCAGCCCGGGCCAGCCAUGGCUUUUACCAAUUAUAGCAGCCUGAACCGGGCCCAGCUGACCUUCGAGUACCUGCAUACCAACUCAACCACUCAUGAGUUCUUGUUUGGUGCCCUUGCUGAGCUUGUAGAUAAUGCCAGAGAUGCUGAUGCCACGAGAAUAGAUAUUUAUAUAGAAAGACGAGAGGACCUGAGAGGUGGCUUCAUGCUAUGUUUUUUGGAUGAUGGAGCAGGAAUGGAUUCAAGUGAUGCUGCAAGUGUGAUUCAGUUUGGUAAAUCGUCCAAACGAUCACCAGAGUCUACUCAAAUUGGGCAGUAUGGGAACGGCUUGAAAUCGGGUUCCAUGCGGAUUGGGAAGGAUUUUAUCCUCUUCACUAAGAAAGACACCACCAUGACCUGCCUCUUCCUGUCGCGCACAUUUCACGAGGAAGAAGGCAUCGAUGAGGUGAUUGUCCCGCUGCCCACCUGGAACACACGUACCCAGGAGCCCAUGACCGACAACAUGGAGAAAUUUUCUAUUGAGACUGAGCUCAUUUACAAGUAUUCCCCCUUCAAGUCGGAACAAGAGGUGAUGGAGCAGUUUAAGAAAAUCCCUGGGGAGAAGGGGACCUUGGUGAUUAUCUUUAAUCUCAAACUGAUGGAUAAUGGGGAGCCAGAGCUGGAUGUGACCUCCGACCCCCGAGAUAUCCAGAUGGCAGAAACACCCCCUGAAGGAACGAAGCCGGAGCGUCGCUCCUUCCGUGCCUAUGCUGCUGUCCUUUAUAUUGAUCCCAGAAUGAGGAUCUUCAUCCAUGGACACAAAGUGCAAACCAAGCGACUUUCCUGCUGCCUCUACAAGCCCAGGAUGUAUAAAUACACUUCAAACCGCUUCAAGACCCGUGCGGAGCAGGAAGUGAAGAAAGCAGAGCACAUGGCUCGGAUAGCGGAGGAGAAGGCUCGAGAGGCAGAGAGUAAAGCCCGUGCACUAGAACUUCGCCUGGGCGGGGAUCUCACACGAGACUCCAGGGUGACUCUACGGCAAGUCCAGAACACAGCCAUAACCAUGCGUAGAGAGGCUGAUGUCAAGCGGCGGAUCAAGGAGGCAAAGCAGCGGGCACUGAAAGAGCCUAAAGAGUUGAACUUCAUCUUCGGGGUGAAUAUCGAACAGCGGGAUUUGGAUGGCAUGUUCAUCUAUAACUGCAGUCGGCUGAUUAAGAUGUAUGAGAAGGUUGGCCCACAGCUGGAGGGUGGCAUGGCAUGUGGUGGAGUGGUAGGAGUUGUGGACAUACCCUACUUGGUUCUGGAGCCCACCCACAAUAAACAGGACUUUGCAGAUGCUAAAGAGUAUCGACACUUGCUGAGGGCGAUGGGGGACCACUUGGCUCAGUACUGGAAGGAUGUUGCUAUUGCCCAGAGAGGUAUAAUCAAGUUUUGGGAUGAAUUUGGCUAUUUAUCAGCAAACUGGAACCAACCUCCCUCAAGUGAUCUGCGCUACAAACGCCGACGAGCCAUGGAGAUCCCCACCACAAUUCAGUGCGAUAUGUGUUUGAAAUGGCGGACCCUCCCAUUCCAGCUGAGCUCCGUGGAGAAGGAAUACCCGGAUACUUGGGUGUGCUCCAUGAACCCUGACCCUGAGCAGGAUAGGUGUGAAGCUUCAGAGCAGAAGCAGAAGGUACCCCUGGGAACACUGAAAAAAGACAUCAGAUCACAAGAGGAGAAGCAGAAGCAGCUGACGGAGAAAAUUCGCCAGCAGCAGGAGAAACUGGAGGCUCUGCAGAAAACUACUCCAAUCCGGUCCCAAGCUGACCUGAAGAAAUUACCUCUGGAAGUGACCACGCGGCCUGUCGUGGAGGACUCCCAAUCACUGAGCAGACCUCAACGCCCGCGAUCUCCUCCUUUACCCGAUGUAAUUAAAAAUGCUCCCAGCAGGCCGCCGCCUCCCCCCAAGUCCAUCAGCCAACUGCGAAAGGCCCCCCUGGCUCGGCCAGCCAUCAGCGCCCCCAAACUGGCAAGUGUGCUGUCCAGGGAGGAAGCUAGUACUUCCAGGACACAGCAGCAUAUCGUGACUGCAGGAAAGUCCAACAGCACAGUUGUCAGGACUCCUGCCAAACCGAUCCAUGUUGGGAGGCCACCCCCCAUGCUUCUGCAGAACUCCAUGAGCCAGCGUGAGACUCCCAGCCCCAAAAUUAUAAAGACACCGGUGCUGAAAAAACCUGCAGCACUCAAACCUCCACAGCAGGCCUCCAGCAUCCGCAAGAGGACAUUUAACACCAUGGAGGAUGGAGCUGAGGAGGAAGCGGAGCAGAAGAAGGAGAGAACGAAACGGGGCAAAUUAGUGGUAGUGAAAGAGGAGAAGAAGGACUCAAACGAGGUGGUGGUUGAGCUCACAGACAGUGCAGGGGAAGAGGAGCUGGCAGAUCUGAAAAGAGCCCAAAAAGACAAAGGGCUGCAUGUGGAGGUACGAGUGAACAAGGAAUGGUUCACAGGCCGUGUCACAGCUGUGGAGAUGGGCAAGCAUGCCAUACGCUGGAAGGUGAAAUUCGAUUACGUACCUACAGACACCACACCAAGAGAUCGCUGGGUAGAGAAGGGCAGUGAGGAUGUACGGUUGAUGAAGCCUCCCUCUCCAGAGUAUCAGAGUCCAGAUACACAGCAGGAAGAGGAGGUUGCAGCUGAGCCUUCUACCUCAGACUGCGCCCGAAUUGAGCCAGACACCACCGGUCCCAGCAGCAACCAGGAGACUGUGGAUUUGCUAGUCCAGACACUCCGGAAUUGUUUGCGGUACUUCUUACCUCCAAAUUUUCCCAUCUCCAAGAAAGAGCUGAGUUCCAUGAGUUCAGAAGAAUUGAUGGCUUUUCCUCUGAAAGAAUAUUUCAAACAGUACGAGAUGGGUCUGCAGAACUUGUGUAAUUCCUAUCAGACUCGUGCUGACGCCCGCGCCAAAGCCUGUGAGGAAAACCUCCGCAGCUCAGAGAGAAAACUUAAGGAGACAGAGGAGAAACUGCAGAAGCUGAGGACUAAUAUUGUGGCACUUCUGCAGAAAGUGCAGGAGGACAUCGAUAUUAAUACUGAUGAUGAGCUGGAUGCAUAUAUUGAGGAUCUGAUCACCAAGGGAGACUGAGCAGUCUAGACCCCGCACUGGCAAGCAGCAUGGAGGAGUUGGUCCCUGUGAUCUCUGAGAUGUGGAUUCCUGCAGUGGAGGGGACCCAAGCAGCGCAUGAAAGGGGAGGGCCAUUAGACUGUGUAUCAUAUUGGUGUGUCGAUGUACAACCUGUUCUUGUGAUUUUACAUGCAAAAGACAUUGGUGCUGUUGGCAGGACAGUUUUUAACAUUGUAGUUCUUCAAAUCUCUUCCCUUUGUUUAUAAAUAUUUAUUUUUUAAAAGAAACAGGAACUGUGCCUGGUAUGACAGGAGGGUAUCUGUGUUUGUGUUUUGUUUUGUUUGUGUUUUGUGGUUUUUUUUUUUUUUUCCCC